AUGCUCCAGAACAACUUCUUAUCGAAUGUAGCCCAGUGGCGUUUGACCACGGCCGUUGGCGUCAAACUCGUUACCAACAAUGAAGUCGUCCACCUCGCCAAAGGAGCCGGCUAUGAUUGCCUGUUCAUCGAUCUUGAACAUUCGACUUUGUCUCUGCUGGACGCUUCGAGGCUAUGCUCUGCUGGAUUGAUGGCUCAGAUUACGCCUUUCGUGCGAGUGCCGUGGCAAUGCGGUAACGGCUUUGUUGGAAGAGUGUUGGAUGGUGGUGCUUGUGGCAUAGUCUUCCCGCAUAUUAGUACAGUUGAGGAUGCUAGAGAUGCAGUAUCUGCUUGCAAAUUUCCUCCCCUAGGCAAACGCAGCCUGACCGCUGCCCUCCCACACUUCAACUUCCAACGCACUAGUCCGGCCGAAGUGACGCAGACUAUCAACAACGUGGGAUCCACUGUCAUAGUCAUGAUCGAAACACCCCAGGCAUUGGACAACAUCGAUGCGAUAGCUGCUGUUGAAGGCGUUGACAUCCUGCUCCUUGGUGCGAACGAUCUGUCUCUUGAAGUGGGAAUUCCUGGCGAUUGGGAUCAUGCGGAGUUUCGUAAUGCUUUGACCAAGAUUGCGGCUGCGUGCCAGGAUCACGCAAAGUGUUUUGGCAUCGCCGGCAUCUAUACUCGACCUGCUGUUUGCCAAUGGGCUGUGCAGGAGUUGGGGGCUCGGUUUGUGUUGGGACAUCUGGAUAUUGGGUUACUUGCCAUGGCAAUGAACAGAAAUGCAGAGAUGCUGAGGGACUUGGAGAAAUAG